UGGAGCCUGAGGGGAGCGGAGCAGCGACGUUCCCUCCGUCCCAAGUCGUUCCUUCCAACGUCGUUCUUCGUUUUAGGCUCCGGGCCUAGGCCUUUCGAGGCCUCUGAGGCGACGCCGGCGUAGAUAAAGCUCUGCUUCCUGGGGAGGCCAUCUUGGGUGUGGCAGGAUCUGGGCCGUUUCUGAGACAAUGCAGACACCACCGGAAUCUGAGGACACAGGUUCAAAACCUGCUGUGCCACCUGCCAAUUCCUUCUGCGUCUUGGGAAUCGACAUGGGCACCACAUCGGUGAAGGCUGUCUUGGUGGAAGAAACAGACCGAGGGCCAACUGUGGUUGCAAGCUGCACCAAAGCCACUAAGGCGCAAGUGGAGAGUCAUGGCGCCACUGGGCUGCAGAGGGACGAACAAGAUGUCCACAAAAUCGUUGCCGCGCUGAACACGUGCCUCGCAAAUCUCCCCUCGCAAUCGCUUGGAAAAGUGUGCCACAUUGGCGUCUCUGGACAAAUGCACGGAGUGGUCUUCUGGAAAACAGGUCACGGUUGCAAGUGGCUGGAGAGCGAAGACGGAUGGACCUUUGAGCCCGAGGAGGUCAGCCGCCUGGUCACAUGGCAAGAUGGACGCUGCGGCAGCCACUUCCUGGCCUUCCUUCCUCGGCCGAAAUCGCACCUCAGCGUGGCCACUGGGUAUGGCUGUGCCACGAUCUUUUGGUACUUAAAGAACAGCCCCGAUUUCCUGAAGCCUUACGAUGCUGCCGGAACCAUCCAAGACUAUGUUGUUGCCAUGCUGUGCGGACAGGAAAGGCCACGGAUGUCCAUCCAGAACGCAGCAAGCUGGGGAUACUUCAGCACCACCAGUAACAGUUGGAAUACAGACAUCCUCCAAGGAUCACGCUUCCCUGUCCAUUUGCUUCCUGAAGUGGUCCAGCCAGGGGAGACGGCCGGGGAAACCACCUUCCCAUGGCAUGGGAUACCCAAGGGCACCAAGGUUGGAGCCGCCCUGGGAGAUUUCCAGUGCUCAGUGUACUCUUGCAUGACAGAAAACACAGACGCAGUUCUCAACAUUGGGACCUCUGCACAGCUGACCGUCUCCAUGCCCUCCGGGUUCCAGCCAGGGGAGUGUCCAGACCCACGUUCCCCUGUGGCCUACUAUCCCUAUUUCGACAAUCGCUACCUGGCAGUGGCUGCCUCCUUGAACGGCGGGAACGUGAUGGCGACCUUCGUGAACAUGCUGCUCCGAUGGAUGGCAGAGCUGGGGAUUGAAGCCUCUGAAUCAGAUCUCUACCCGCAGAUGAUCCAGGCUGCCUUGGCCCAAACCGACACGGGCCUUGCCAUUUGCCCCACAGUCUUCGGAGAACGGCACACCCCUGAGAGGUUGGCCUCGGUGACGGGGAUCGCGGCCUCGGACCUUUCCUUGGGCCACGUCACCAGGGCCUUAUGCCGCGGUGUGGUCCAGAACCUCCACUCCAUGCUGUCUUCAGAGCGCCUGAAGGAGGCCGGGGUGAAGCGCAUAUUGGCCGGCGGGAGCGGGCUUUACAAGAACGAGGUGAUGCGCCAAGAAGUGGAGAAGGCCUACCCGUUUCCCGUCGUCUACGGAAAGGAUGUGGAUGCGGCCGUGGGUGCCGCCCUGUCCGUGAUGCGCAGAAAGUGACGUCACACCAGCCACAGCACUUUUGGUUUGCAAAGAAAACAUGCCAUGAGCAGAGACACCAGGGAACUUCAUGCUUUGAGAUGCAGGUCAGAGGAAAGGCAGGUAGGAGAGACCCUUGACACUGCUGUAUAAGAAGUUUUUAAUCAUUCCUCCGUGCCACAUCCUAAGGAUGAGGGUUGGACAUGUGCGUUGCUACAUAGGCUUUGGUCAUUGGAGACUUGGGACUCCAGAGGCCACUUGCCUCCCUUUGUCUUGGGGUCUAAAAAGGAGGAAUGGGCCCAAGAGGAAGGAUUCCUUCGGAUGCAUCCCAUUUAAAGCGAGCUGCCUGCAAGGAUCCUUUGACCAGAGUGUGGUCUGCUGAAAGUAUGGGGUGAAAGAAAGCAUUGUUUGUCAUGGACCCUCCCCACCUAAUGUUUAUUCCCAGUGAAUUCCACAUUUUGUACACAAAGGACCAGCAUUGUCUUUCUCCUUCCGUCCCAGAUGGCACUUACCUGUCAUUGGAUAGUCUUAUCUUAUCAAAGCUUCAGCUGUAUAUGAAUGUUACACCAGAGAUGAUUGGAUCGUUGCAAAUUAAGGGAGCAACCUAUUCUUUUUCUUUAGUCUUUUAUCAUUCUGCCAGUUAGAACAAUCACUUUUUAGGGGCCACCUCCAUAUCUUUUUUGUGAGGAUGAAAUAUGCCAGCUGUGAGAUAUAUGGAGCUCACCCUGUACUGACCAAACGCCCCAUACCUAGUCUUCGAUCCUUCAAGACCUGGGUAUUUGAGCAACGUUCGGUACCCAAAGCUGGGUUUUAGAAAAAGGACCAUACUAACUGGAUGAUUCUAUGAACCGUAGUCUAAAACGAUCACAACUUCUCUAGGAUGUGACCAAAAAAGAUCAUGGAACAAAUGUCUAUUUUCCCUUGGGAGUGGCUUGCAAAUGCCUUAGUGCAAUGGAAAUAAUAAAACACUGAUUUGCCGCAAUUGCAUCUUCUACAUUGUGCGCGUUUUGCCUACUUCUUUGCAUCAUGUUUACACCUGUUUUGCAAAGCCCUAGCCUCAGAGGCCAAUGGGUGGUAAAGGAUGAUGGGUCGUAGAGUCUGUCAAAGAUCGCCACGAAGAAGGGGAGGUUAAAGCCUCUCCUCGCCGGCUGCUCUCUGCUCCUGAUUGAAAUCCUCUCCCCUCUCUCUACACUCCCAGUUUUUGUUUCCAAAAUACCCAUAGAGUGGGUUAGUGACCAUAAAAUGAAAGGCACAUCUAGACUCUUUAGGAGCAUGGUCUGUUUCAGAGCGAUGGUUUAGACAGUCUCUAUAGCUUUGAGUCCAUGCCAUCCCAGGCCCAGUGGGACCUGAAGCAGGCGCUGGUCCCGGAGAUGAAGUCAGAGUCCAAAAGGGAGAUCUGUUUUUCCCCUUUUGUUUUGGCUUCUGUGAAAUGAGAUGAGCCAAACCAGGCCAAAAUCUGGAGGUCUGUUCGUCGACCUUUUCCAACCGUCUCUGAGG